AAGAACUUAUCUCGUGCGUCGCGGCGUUGCUGUAUCAAAAGGCCAUCGCGUGGUCUGUGCCCUAAAACCCCGUCGUCGGCAUUCUCUGCACUGGCUUUUGCGAGCUUAAAGCCCUAGCGUAGCGUAGCCUCGCUCUUCUUCCUGAUCGUCAACAAUGAAGCUAGUCAGGUUUUUAAUGAAGUUGAACAACGAGACCGUCUCGAUUGAGCUCAAGAACGGCACCAUUGUUCACGGCACCAUCACAGGUGUGGAUAUUAGCAUGAACACACAUUUGAAGACAGUCAAACUUACUCUGAAAGGGAAAAAUCCAGUGACCAUGGAUCACCUGAGUGUGAGGGGUAACAACAUUCGCUACUAUAUCCUUCCUGAUAGCUUGAAUCUGGAGACGUUGUUGGUAGAAGAGACGCCUAGGGUCAAGCCAAAGAAGCCAACUGCAGGAAGGCCUCCGGGACGCGGGAGGGGCCGUGGUCGUGGUCGGGGACGCGGCCGGGGGCGUUAAUUACAUUGCAGGAAUUGCAAAUUUUUGGAGUUUUGGUUACUUAACCACUAGUUGGGGAGGAGACGUAUUUAGCUUGCCGAUUGUUUGUAAACUGUUUACUAUAUGGACUUGGAAGUAGUAGUUGGACCUUUUUGUGCCUAUGGUUAGCAAAUUUAUAUCGUUGUCUUGCUGUAAAAGGUUGUAAUCAUCCUCCUUGGAUCUGUAAUUGUGGUUAAGUUAUGAUGAGAAAGAAUUGGAGUCGUUUGUUUUGUUGA